GUCCCCUUGUUCUAUUUGCACAUCUGUUUUCUUAUCUUCAUCUUCUUCAUCAUCAUCUCCCGUCGAUUAAAAACCCUAAUCUCUCGUAGUUAAAAGAAAAAAAAAACCCUAAUCUCUCUCUCUCGCUCGCAGACGACAACGAUGGAGUGCAAUAAAGAAGACGCGAGAAAAGCGAUUCAAAUAGCAGAGACGAAGCUUUCACAGAACGAUCACAACGGCGCCAAGAGAUUCGCUAGCAAAGCCAAGACUCUGUACCCAACCCUCGACGGUUUGGAACAGAUCUCGACGAUGAUCGACGUUUACGUCUCCGCAUCGAACAAAACCAACGGAAGCGAAUCGGACUGGUACGGCGUUCUCGGUGUAGAUCCUCUAGCCGAAGAAGAAACUCUCAAGAAACAGUACAAGAAGCUUGCUCUUUUGCUUCAUCCCGACAAGAACAGGUUUAACGGAGCGGAAGGCGCGUUUAAGCUGGUUUUACAUGCUUGGUCUCUGUUAUCUGACAAGGACAAGAGAGUCGCUUAUGAUCAUAAGAGGAAGAGGAAAGAGAAAAAGAGUGAACCAAAGCCUCCUCCUAGGGCAGAGAGAAGUUUCAAGAAAAAAGAAAAGAGAGAACGUCAGGAGCCGCCAGCUGGCAAGGAGAAAGAAGCGUCUUCGAAAAAGAAGAAAGUUAGUAGCACGUUUUGGACGAUGUGCACACACUGCUCGACCUACUCCGAGCACGUGAGAGCUUACUAUCUCGACAGGAACUCGUUCUGUCCCUUCUGCCGAGGGGUUUUCGUGGCGACGGAGAAGUUUCCGGAGAUGGUCAACGGGAAGCCGUUCAUCAGGUUCGGUCCUCCUCGUACGUUUUGGACGAUGUGCACGCACUGCUUGACGUACUCUGAGCACGUGAGAGCUGAUCGUCUCGACAAGGACUCGCCUUGUCCGUUUUGCAGUAGGGUUUUCGUGGCGACGGAGAAGUUUCCGGAGAUGCUCAACGGGAAGCCGUUCAUCAGGUUCCCUCCUCCUCCUCCUCCCAAGCCUAAGCCUCAGGGAACAAGCGGAUCAAGCACAAGUGAUGCUCGAAGCUCAAUGCCGAGAACUCCGUGCUCUAGAUUUGAGGAUCUGAACUCUACUCAUGAAGCGCAUAGGCUUUUUUCAAGAAGCGGAUGGACAGGUGUGAGAUAAGAAGUAAUGAGAUCACAGAAGUUGUAGAAUCCUGAAUUUUUUUGUAUGUAUGUUUCUGUUGAACUAUUUUUUGUAAAUCUUUUAGUAAUACAUGAAGUUGAUUAAUCAAAGUUGCUACUGUACGUAUCACUAGUUGUCUCAGGUUUACU